AGGAGACUGUAUCACCUGACCAGGACCCUGGCGGGGCAAUGGCGGCCCUCAUGCUGCGUUGGUCCUGUCUUGGAAAGCGUUGGGUUUUAGCCUGCAUUGACGGCGGUUCUCGCCACGGAAGAGGGGCUGCGAUUGGGCUCACGUCCAGGAGGAAAAGGGGACAGAGCUCCGUGGCUCAGCAGCCCCUCAUCGCCGUCCAGAAGUCAAGGAAAGGUGAACACGAGUGGGCAGCUGUGGUAGGUUUGGAAAUUCAUGCCCAGAUCUCUUCCAACUCUAAACUCUUCUCUGGAUCUCAAGUCCACUUUGCAGCACCUCCAAAUUCUUUGGUAUCUUUUUUUGAUGCAUCUCUGCCUGGAACUCUGCCGGUUCUCAACAGGAGAUGCGUAGAAGCAGCUGUGAUGACAGGCCUGGCACUGAACUGCCGCAUCAACAAGAAGUCCUUGUUUGAUAGGAAGCACUACUUCUAUGCGGACCUCCCUGCAGGCUACCAAAUUACCCAGCAAAGACUCCCGAUUGCUGUGAAUGGCAGCUUAGCGUACAGUGUCUCUGUGGGGAAGAAGCCGAGUCAGGUGAGCACCAGGACCGUGAGGAUCAAGCAGAUCCAGCUGGAGCAAGACAGUGGCAAAAGCCUCCAUGAUGAGCCGCGGUCUCAGACGCUCAUCGAUUUGAACAGGGCAGGAGUUGGCCUUCUGGAAGUGGUGCUGGAGCCCGACAUGUCCUGUGGAGAAGAGGCAGCGUCAGCCGUCAGGGAGCUGCAGCUGAUACUUCAAGCCCUGGGGACCAGCCAGGCAAAUAUGGCAGAGGGCCAGUUGAGAGUGGAUGCCAAUAUAUCUGUGCACCAUCCUGGAGAGCCUCUGGGUGUUCGAACUGAAGUGAAGAAUCUCAACAGUGCCAGGUUUUUGGCCAAAGCAAUAGACUUUGAAAUUAAGAGACAAAUCCACGAACUUGAGAAUGGACGUAAAAUUCUGAAUGAAACGCGCUCAUUUGACGACAAGCUGGGGUGCACCAUGCCGAUGAGAGACAAAGAAGGAAAACAAGACUACAGGUUUAUGCCCGAACCCAACCUGCCUCCGCUCCUGCUCUAUGACACCGCGUCUCUGCCUCCUGGUGCAGACCCACAGCAAGUGAUCAAUAUUGACUGGAUUCGGGAGCGGCUCCCUGAGCUGCCCGGUAAGACCCGGGAGAAGCUCAUUCAACAGUAUGGGAUGCUGCCAGAACACAGCUUCACCUUACUGAAUGAAGUUGGCCUACUGGAGUUCUUCCAAAAUGUUAUAAAAGAAACUAGGGCAGAGCCAAAAAAAGUAACUAGUUGGGUCCUCAACAUUUUUCUGGGUUUUUUAAAGCAACAGAACCUUGCUGUCAAUGAGAGUCCUGUCACACCUUCUGCGCUGGCUGAGCUGCUCAACCUGCUGGACAGAAAAGCCAUCUCUUCAUCAGCAGCUAGACAGGUGUUUGAGGAAUUGUGGCAGAGUAAAGGGAAGACUCCAUCGCAGAUUGUUUCAGAAAAGAAGCUUGAACUGAUGCAGGAUCAAGAGGCGCUGGAACGGGUCUGCCACACCGUGAUGGAGGGGCAUCCUCAAGUGGUAAUGGACAUGAAGAGGGGAAACCCCAGAGCUAUAAACAAACUGAUCGGGUUGGUCCGAAAAGCAACUCUCAGUCGAGCAGACCCGACUGUGAUAAAGGAGAUCCUGGAGAGGAAGCUGUCAUCAUGAGCCCUUCUGGGUCCCCCGUGCCCGAGGGAGAGCAGAGCGGCCUCCACUGAGAACCGGAGCCCGUGACACGUGCCAUCCGGGGGCUCCCAGGCCCUGGCCCCGGCUACAGCCCCGGGAUGCCACCUGCACAGACCAGCCCCGACAGCCCGGCUGCCUCACUGACUUCGAGAUGGUUCCAGCUGCAGUGGUGGGGAAGAAAUAGCACAGUUCCAGUGCUCAGUGAUUCGGGACUGAGACCCUGUUUCAAAUGCUGUCACCGUUCUGAGAAAACUUUUCAUCCAUUGGGAUGCAGUACUUUAAACCUGAAAGUAGAUGAGUGGAGCUAAAAACCACCGCAGAAUCGACACGUUGUAAACAGGAGGCCUCGUGUGGAUGGGAAGGAGGGUGUUAGUCUUACCAGCAUUCCCUCAUCUGAGGACUAAAAGUGACUUUGCCCGUUCAGCUCCCUAGGGACCCAGGAAGGUAAAGGUCUGAGAAUUAAAUGAAACAUUUUUUGUCAAACACACACACAGACGUUUUCAAAUAAAUUUAAUGAAUAAAAUAUAUAGUGAAAUAUCACAUAAAAAAUUAACUUACACUUCAAAGAUUGUGCAGUUAACAACUCCCUCCCCACCCCCACCUCCAUCCCCAGGCCAAAGAAAGAUAAACAAGCUGUAACAUUAAAUUGAUUUGUUUUGCCUGGGAAGAGUAAGAUGAUAAAGCUAAAACAUCAGAAUCUUGACCUUUAACAGUAACUGUGGUGCAGUUAACAACACCCUCGUGAAGGCUGGGCUGCCUUGGCCCCCAGGCUCGGGACGGGAAUGCCGUUCCUCUCUCCCGCACCCAGCGUGCACCGCGUGCUGCUGUUCCCUCCAACUCGCCAUGCUUAACGACCGGUUUCAAGGCUGCUUCUGAAGAGCACAUGUCAAACUGUGGCAUCGGGAGAACAGACUCUCUGCAGUCUCAGAUUUUACACUGAAUUGCCAAGCCUACUAAGGAGCAUCCGAGCAUUUCCCUCACAGACGAUGCUGCCGUGGCAAGCUGGGGGACUGGGGACAAGCCGGCCUUCCCCGUCGCCAGUGUAGCAGUGAACGGUGCUCAGGACUUCCCUCCCUCAGAGUGUGACGGAAGCCUCCCUCGGACCCUGCCUGGAAAGCAGGGACAGAAAGGAAACCAGGUGUGUGGUUUAUUCCAGACAAGCAUGAGGAGGUAAGGUUUUUUUAAAAAAAAAAAAAAAAAAACAUUUUUAAAAAAAUGACUUAGAAUAUUGUGAGAGAAGGUGUUCCCUCACCCAGGAGGCCAUGUGGCCCUCACGCAUUCUGCUCCAGUACUGGAAACUACUGAACCCAGAAGUAAGAUAUUUUUUCUUUUCGAGAGAGAAAGGCAGAGUCCAUUCUCUCUCCUCGCAUUGCAAGACUGAAUUACAAAUGGGCAAAGACAGUCUGAAACUGGAUUCUAGCAGGAUCGUUGUUUUGUAAGAAAUAAUAGGGUUCAGUUUUGUUUUACAAACUCCAUUUCACCAAAGGUCUGGCUUCUGAGACAUCAAACUUUACAGAAGCCACUAGGGGAUCUUUCCACACCAUUUCAAAUCAAGGCCUUGCUUAAAUGGGUGAUGGGGGGGCGGGCAGACUGAGGAGGCAGCUGGAUGGAGACAGUUUCCCAAAACUAUUAUGUCCAGUGUGAACUGUAUUAUGGACUGAUCAUUUCCAGAGAAAAAUGCCAUCAUGAGAACACCUGACCUUUAAGUGAUGGGUGUUGACCUCUGACAACUUCCCCAUGGUCUUGAAUGCCCACUCUUGAAAUCCUGAAAACUGGACAGUUACGUUGUUAUAACUGCUAACAGGAAGGGCGCAGCUCAGAUACCUUCCUUGGAACCUGACUAUAUAUUCAAAAGAUAUGUUUGCAUAAUGGUGUCCGAAGUUCACAAAGUAUGGCUCUGCUCAUAAACAGGCCUCAGUCAAAUACAGUUUGAAAUACGCCUUUGCAUGAGCGAGAA